CCCUUUUCGUUUUCGCAGAUUCCAAACGAUUAAUCAAAACAGGAGAAAGAGCAGAUCUUCAGUAAAAAAAGAAAAUAAUUAUAAAAAUGAGAAGAGAAAGAGAUAAUUUUUGUUUAUUUAAUUGCAUUUUUCUCCCACUAUCCAUAGUCUAAGACUAUAUAGAAGUCUAUAUAAUAAGAUCAUCUAGGGAAAAAACGAGAGUUUGACUUAAACAAAGCUCCGUCUCUGAUUUUUAUUUAUUUUUGGUUGUUUGGGUCAAAAAAGCUGUAAACUUUAGAUCUAUGAGACAAAACCCAUUUGAGCUCCGGCCUUAAUUUCGACCAAUCAUGGCUGAAUUCUUGGUUUGGGUGGCGGUGGUGGCGGCGAGUCUCUGCUUUCAUGGGGUUGAGAGUGUUGAAACGAAGCAGGAGGCUCCAUGGAGAAUCCACACGCUCUUCUCUGUGGAGUGCCAGAACUACUUUGACUGGCAAACAGUCGGGCUUGUUCACAGCUUCAAGAAGUCGGGUCAACCCGGCCCGAUUACCCGUCUCCUCAGCUGCACAGACCAGGAGAAGAAGAAGUACAGAGGAAUGGAUUUGGCUCCCACUUUUGAGGUCCCUUCUAUGAGCAAACACCCAAAAACUGGUGACUGGUACCCUGCAAUUAACAAACCAGCUGGAGUAGUUCACUGGCUAAAACAUAGUAAAGAUGCAGAAAAUGUUGAUUGGGUCGUGAUUUUGGAUGCUGACAUGAUCAUAAGAGGCCCAAUUAUACCAUGGGAAAUUGGUGCUGAGAAAGGCAGACCUGUUGCUGCAUAUUAUGGGUACUUGGUUGGUUGCGAUAAUGCUCUUGCUGGAAUGCACACUAAACACCCUGAACUCUGUGAUAAAGUUGGUGGGCUUCUAGCUAUGCAUAUCGAUGAUCUUCGGAAACUGGCACCCUUGUGGCUUUCGAAAACAGAAGAAGUGCGAGAAGACCGAGCACACUGGGGUAAAAAUUUUACUGGUGACAUUUAUGGGAAAGGAUGGAUCAGUGAGAUGUAUGGAUACUCUUUUGGUGCUGCAGAAGCAGGACUUCGACACAAGAUCAAUGAUCAUCUGAUGUUAUACCCAGGUUAUGUUCCACGAGAAGGCGUUGAGCCUAUUCUUCUUCAUUAUGGCUUGCCGAUUCAAGUGGGGAAUUGGUCUUUUAGCAAAUUAGAACACCACGAAGAUGAUAUAGUAUACAAAUGUGGGAAACUCUUCCCUGAACCUCCUUAUCCUAGAGAGAUAGAGCUAAUGGAACCUGAUCCGAACAAAAAGCGGGCUUUGUAUAUUAGCAUAGAAUGUAUUAACACUUUAAAUGACGGUCUUUUAGCACAACAUGCAGCAAAUGGCUGUUCUAAGCCGGGUUGGUCAAAGUACUUGAGUUUUCUAAAGAGCAAGAAAUUUGCUGAACUGACAAUGCCGAAACGUUUGUCUCCAGCGAGUUUGGAAUUUAUGGAGGAUAGACAAAAGCCGCAAGUCAAUGACGAUGCUGAGAAGCCACAUCCAAAAAUCCAUACUUUAUUCUCCACCGAAUGUACACCUUACUUCGAUUGGCAGACUGUAGGACUCAUGCAUAGUUUCCAGCUGAGCGGUCAGCCUGGAAAAAUUACGCGACUUCUUAGCUGUACGGAUGAAGAUUUGCAGAAAUAUAAGGGCAUUGAUCUAGCACCCACUCAUGUAGUCCCUUCCAUGAGUCGGCAUCCAUUGACGGGCGAUUGGUAUCCAGCAAUCAAUAAACCAGCUGCUGUACUUCACUGGCUUCAUCAUACUGAGAUUGAUGCAGAGUAUAUAGUAAUUCUUGAUGCUGAUAUGAUACUCAGAGGUCCAAUUACUCCAUGGGAAUUUAAUGCAGGACGUGGGCGCCCAGUUUCAACUCCCUACGAAUAUCUUAUUGGCUGUGACAAUGAGCUCGCACAACUCCAUACUAGCCAUCCCGAGGCCUGUGAUAAGGUUGGGGGUGUAAUCAUCAUGCACAUAGAUGACCUCCGAAGAUUCGCUUUACUGUGGUUGCAUAAAACUGAAGAAGUACGCGCCGAUAGAAGUCAUUAUGGUACGAAUUUCACUGGCGAUAUAUAUUCAUCCGGGUGGAUAAGUGAGAUGUAUGGCUACUCAUUUGGAGCUGCAGAGUUGGGUUUACGGCAUCAAAUUAGUGGCGAGAUCAUGAUAUACCCAGGGUAUGUUCCUCAACCUGAUGUCCAUUACAGAGUUUUCCACUAUGGAUUGGAGUUUCAUGUUGGUAAUUGGAGCUUUGACAAGGCAAAUUGGAGGGAAACUGAUGUGGUCAACAAAUGCUGGGGCAAGUUUCCAGAUCCACCCGAACCUACAACACUUGACAAGAUUGACGACGGAUUAUUUCAGAGGGAUUUGCUUAGCAUAGAAUGUAUCAAGACUAUCAACGAUGGGUUGCGCCUGCACCAUGAACGAAGAAAAUGCCAGGAUCCCAGUUUAUUGUCUGCCCCAAAAUUGGACACUCCCAGGGAAAUUGCAUACUCAAGGAAAUUCGGUCAUGUUGAUGAAACUCAUGCUGUGAAAAGCAACAACAAUUCAGAAUCAAUUCAUUCUAAGAAAUUGUCAGAGCCUGCCGAGAAUGAUGGUAGCAAGUUUCGCUCCAUGCGGUUCUGGAUAAUUGUUUUGUGGGCAUUUUCUGGUUUGGGUUUUGUGGUGGUUAUGUUGUUCUUGUGCUCAAUUCGUAAAGGAAAAGGCACACGAACGAAACACCAUAGAAGCAAGAGAAGGACAUCUUAUUCAUCGAUGGAUUGAUCGGUCAAGAUUGGCGUAUUCAUAAUUCUGAUGCUGCUGCUGCAUAAUGUUCAUCCAUGGAGCGCGAAAAUUGAGAACUUCAUGGAAAGAAAGAUUAUGCUGCCAAUUGUACUUGAAGUAUUUCAGAGCCAAAUGUUAUUGGUGACCAUACAGAGUUUCACUGCAAAGAGUUAAAGGCCUAUUCCUUGAUAACAUUGUGAUCUUUCUUCUUGUGAAUUCACUGGUAAGAGUUUCAUAAAUAAACUUUUUGUCAUUUUUCUUCUAAUUAUACCUUUUUUUAGAGGCUUACUUUAUGUAUAUCUAACAGGAUUUGUCCUGGAAAAAUAAUUUUUUUUAACAGUUAUAUCAAGGAUGUUGUUGUUUUAGUUAAACAAACAGUUUUGCUACA